CCUCAGGAGGCGCCGGUGGGCCCGUGAGGGGAAGGGGCUCGGGCUCGGCCCAGUGCCCGCCUCGGUAGGUGCAGCCAUGCAAGAAAGCAUACGUUUUGCUUCAUCAGGAGAUGACGUUAAAAUAUGGGAUUCCUCAUCUCUAACUGUGGUGGAGCAGUUCAACCCACAUACGCCCCCGCAUCCAGUCAGCUCACUAUGUUGGGCCAGCAAUAAUAGAUACCUGGCCACUGCUUCUGCUGCUGGUGAUAAAAUAGUUGUUUCAAGCUGUAAAAGCAAACCUGUUCCGCUCUUUGAAAUAGCUGAAGGAGCAAAACAGACAUGUGUGAGCUUGAAUUCUAGUUCUUCAUAUAUUGCGAGUGGAGGCCUUGAUAACACAGUUAAUAUCUGGGAUCUGAAAUCCAGAAGGGUUUACCGUAGCCUUAAGGAUCAUAAAGAUGAAGUCACAUGUAUUACAUAUAAUUGGAAUGAUUGCUACAUUGCUUCUGGAUCUUUGAGUGGUGAAAUUAUCCUACACAGUGUUACCACCAAUUUAUCAAGUACUCCCUUUGGUUAUGGCAGCCGUCAGCCUAUUCGACACUUGAAAUAUUCAACCUUUAAGAAAUCCUUGCUGGGCAGUGUUUCUGACAGUGGAAAUGUAACUCUAUGGGAUGUAAAUAGCCAGAACCCAUAUCAUAAUUUUGAAAAUACUCAUAAAGCACCAGCUUCAGAAAUCUGCUUUUCUCCAGUCAAUAAGCUGCUGCUUGUAACUGUAGGUUUGGAUAAAAGAAUUAUUCUCUAUGACACUUCAAGUAAAAAGUUACUGACAACAAUAGUAGCUGAUUUUCCUCUGACAACAGUAGACUUCAUGCCUGAUGGUACUACUUUGGCUAUAGGAUGUUCCCGGGGAAAAAUCUGCCAGUAUGACUUAAGACAACUGACAUCACCAGUGAAAACAGUAAUUGCUCACAAAGGCUGUGUGAAAUGCAUACGUCUUCAGUUCAGUAGCACUUUUUCCAAGUCUAACCUUACGGGUUCUUCAAAUAAACCUGCUUCCAAAAGAGUAGAAGUCAAAGCUGGUAGUAAUCUUGGAGGAAUUCAAAAUCCUGGCAUCAAAAACAUUGCCUCUCAAGCAUCAGCAACAGUUUCAUCUCAUCUGACAUUGCCGAAUGAGAAUAAGGGAGGAGAUGUUCUUCAGGAGAAAACAGGCUUUCCCCAUAGUGGCAGCUUGGAUGUGAUUCCAUCUAAAGAAACAGAUCAUGGGAAAAGUGCUGAUUUAAAUAAUUUUGAUGGUUUGGGUCGAAGUAGUUUAGGAGAUGUGUUUUCUCCAGUCAGAGAUGAUAUUAUUGCAAGUAAAGUGAAUGAAGAUCCUCAAGGAAAAGGAGAUGGUCUGGAUUUUCAGCCCUACCUUUUGGGUUUGGAUUUUCUCCCACAGCUUCCCACUGCCUUUCCAGUAAAAAGAAGCCCAGUGGGCAGUAGCGCACAACCAGUACGGUCUAGCCCGUUACAUGCACUUGUGGGAUCUCCAAUUAAGGAAGAGGAAGAACAUUCAGAGACUGAGACUAAGAAAAUAAAUCUUGGAAAACAAGAAUCUAAAGAAGUCUUAAAGCAGCUUUCAAAAUCAAGCUCAUCAAGUGCAGAAUCUGUAACUUUAAGUCCUCCACCACCAUCCACUGCUGUAAAGGCUCUUGAUACAAAUGAGAGACUAGUGACGAGUAUUCAGGCUCAUCCUGCAUAUGAUCUACCAGUAAAUGGUACUACCUCAACAAGUCCAAAGGUAACACCACCUGUCACUGCUGGAGUUGCCAGUUCGUUGUCAGAAAAAAUAGUAGAAACCAUUGGGAGUAGCAGACCAAAUGCACCUCUGACAUCAAUCCAAAUAAGCUUCAUUCAGAAUAUGAUACAAGAAACAAUGGAUGACUUCAGAGAAGCAUGCCAUCGAGAUAUUGUGAAUUUGCAAGUGGAGAUGAUCAAGCAGUUCCAUGUGCAGUUGAAUGAAAUGCACGCUUUACUUGAAAGAUAUUCCGUAAAUGAAAGCUUAGUAGCUGAAAUUGAGAGACUACGAGAGGAAAACAAAAGACUGAGGACUCACUUCUGAAAGAUUUACACUGCUAUUCUUAUUAGCAUGAACUCACUACAGGUGGUGUGUUGCUUAAGACAGAUCAUCCCUCAUCACUGAAGUAUUUUAUGAAGACCUGCUAUUAUUUUGAACAUGAAUCUUUUCUUCUAAAUGGUGUAAGAUACUAUAUGUAAUUAUAAAAUUUGUAACAGAUAAACACUGUAUAAAGAAUAUUUGCAUACUCAUGCUAACUGCCUUGAAAUACAUCCUUCUAACAAAAACUAAAAGGAUAAGUACAUUAUCAGAGUUUUAGCAAUAUGUGAAGUGCCUUUUUGUAAACAAAAUCAAACCAGGACGGAUGCCUUUUUCUGUAAGAAUUUUUUGAUAUGCCUACUUCUCUAUCUGCUGCUUUAUUUUACUGCUGUCAGAAACAAUCACUGUAGCUUGCCUUUCGGAUACUUUUCUUGGAGAAAAAGGGGAGAGAAAGCUCAUCUUCUGCAUGAUGUGAAGCCUUGUUUAUAAGGAGCUGGGAAGUACAGUAUUCAGUUAACUUUGUUCAACUGGCAACUCUUCAAUCCUGAGUAAAACUAGAGCUUGAAAAUAUUCCAAAACUCAGUGCCAUGAUCUUUCUUACUAUAUUUGUAAGUCUGAAAUUUGUGCUUGUCUGCUGGUGAACUUUGUUGCAAAUGCUACUUCAGCUGCACAAUGAGACUUUUGUUACAACUUUAGCUAUGAAACUAGAAUUCUUUUUAUUUACACAUAUUUGAAUAUUGUCAUAACUUGUCCAAUUUGAAUGCAACUGUAGACUUCAAAAUAUAAGUGUACUCAGCCAUUAGUAAUAUAGCAUUGUGUAAAUGCGCUCUUUCGGUCUUUGACUCAAGCAUCUUUUGCACCCCCCCACCACCCCUUCCUUUUUAUUCGUAGUGAACAACACUUAAUAUUGAGCAGUUGUGUUGUGGUUUUGAAUCUUGUUGGUUUAGUGU